AAUGAAAUGAUAUUUCCAUUCAGGCCGAGCCAACCAAGCCGAGGGGACGCCAGUGAGAUAAAGCCAGGAUUUGGCUUUUCAAGUGCUUUGUUAUGGGGAGCUAUCUUUGGGGCCUUCGGUCUGGCGCCCCUCCCUUUGACUACGACUAAAAAUCCCGGGCUUUUUAGUUUCUUUGUCCCUGUCAGGAUGGACCCGAGUCCUUCGUCCGGUUGGGAGGGGACAUUAUCCCCACCAGAGACAGCUGUUCGGACAGAAGUGAUGGAACCUCAUGGUGAGGAAACCUCCCGGGUUGGGAAGGACGUACAUCACGGUUCCUUCCAGCGUGUGGUGUGGUGUUGUACUGGGGCGGAGGAAGAGGUACCUUGACUUGACUCUACUGUCCCUGGAUGAACCUCCAACCAAGGGUACCAAAGAACUGGAAGGGCAAAAGAAGAGCCAGAGGGCGAGAGAGACAAAGUGGGCACUUGGGAGGUAGUAGCAGAAAAGCAACAACCUGAACAACCUGAACCUGUUCCUUUUUUUGCGAGGUGAGUCAGCAGUAGGGGCGAGAAAUGGGCCCUUCCAGAGCUCAUUAUUCUGGAUGAUUGAUUGCCUUGUUGUUUUUGGGACCUCAUUUCACAUGUUUGGGCAGUUCGAUAAUAAUACGCCUUUCAGUUAAGUCAGUAGCUACCUGGAGAGCUACUACUUAGUUGAACCCGGGGACCUAAGUGCCUAAUUGUUUUACCUUUUUACUUUUUUUGCCCCCUCUCAAGACCCUCCCUGGUAAAGACAAACUGCCACCUAUCGACUAGUUGCAUAGAGAUGGCUAUACAGGUUUAUUGUUUCAAUCCUGGAGCCAUUUUAGCUUUCCU